CUCACGCGAGUAUUCGUCUCUUAAACGUAAGUAGUCACAUGGGUCUAUGUUUGUAGCGUCUAGCGGCGACGCGGCGUUACAGUCCGUUUCCCCAUAGGUUCUCAGAAUGGAUAUAGACUAUGUAAAACAAGCUUCUUCAUAGAAAGGAAAUCCCACAUUUCACCAUCGAGCUCCGCUACAGCGAGGAUGUUCCUCAGCCUGGCCCACAGACCAUGGCAUGUUUUCUGCAGAGUGUCCCUGCAGCACAAGUCGUCUCUGCCCAAGCGGUCUUUCAGGUUUCCGCAGCUACGCUACGGUUGGCAGAAUGGAUGCGUACAUAGCAUAUGGUUCAGCCUUCCAGACUCCCGAGUCGCAUCUUUGGGGCUGGGAAAGGUCCAGUACUAUUCCUCUGGAAACGGUAAAGAUGGUUCUCCAAAAUCAGCACCAGGUGAUGCAUCCAGGACAGAAAAAAGGUCUGGUGCUGCCAAAGUUUCCUCUGCUUCAACAGGUGGCUUAUCUCAAGGGCUGACAAAAGCGGAGACUAUUCAAGUAAAAGUUCGAGCAGUCCUUAAGAAAAGGGAAUAUGGAGCCAAAUAUACUCAAAACAACUUCAUCACCGCUGUCAGAGCCAUGAAUGAGUUUUGUCUCAAACCAAGUGAUUUGGAACAGCUCCGUAAGAUCAGAAGGCGCAGCCCUCACGAUGACACAGAAGCUUUCACUGUGUUUUUACGGUCAGAUGUGGAAGCCAAAGCUCUAGAUGUUUGGGGGAGUCCUGAAGCUCUGGCUCGAGAGAGGAAUCUCAGGAAAGAGGUGGAGAGAGAAUAUGAAGAGAAUAUUUUCCGAAAUCAGCAGCUGUUGAAGGAAUACAAAGACUUCUGGGGAAACACUAAGCCACGAUCAGGGAAGAGGACAACAUUUCUGCAGGGUCCAGGGAAGGUGGUCAUGGUAGCCAUCUGCAUCAAUGGGUUGAAUUUCUUCUUCAAGCUUCUGGCGUGGGUCUACACCGGAUCGGCCAGCAUGUUCUCAGAAGCCAUCCACUCCCUGGCCGACACCUGCAACCAGGCUCUGCUCGCUCUGGGAAUCAGCCAGUCUGUCCGCAACCCGGACGCCGUUCACCCAUAUGGUUUUUCCAAUAUGCGCUACAUCGCCUCCCUCAUCAGUGGAGUGGGCAUCUUUAUGAUGGGAGCAGGCCUCUCUUGGUACCACGGCAUCAUGGGAUUGCUGCACCCAGAGCCCAUUGAAUCUUUGUUAUGGGCUUACUGUAUUCUGGCGGGCUCUCUGGUGUCUGAAGGAGCCACCCUGCUGGUCGCAAUUAAUGAAAUAAAGAAGAGCGCCCACCAGCAAAGGGUGUCGUUUUACGAGUAUGUGAUGCAGAGUCGAGAUCCCAGUACCAAUGUGGUUCUGCUGGAAGAUGCUGCUGCCGUAUUGGGAGUCAUCAUGGCUGCUGGCUGCAUGGGGCUCACCUCACUCACAGGUAACCCAUACUACGAUAGUCUGGGCUCUCUCGGCGUGGGAACGUUGCUUGGCACCGUAUCAGCCUUCCUCAUCUACACCAACACUGAGGCACUGUUGGGACGCUCCAUCCAGGCGGAGCGUGUCCAGAAGCUUACAGAGAUCCUAGAGAACGACCCUGCUGUGAGGGCCAUCCAUGACGUGAAGGCCACUGACAUGGGACUGAGUAAGGUGCGUUUCAAGGCUGAGGUGGACUUUGACGGACGGGUGGUGACUCGCUCUUACUUAGAAAAACAAGACAUUGACCAAAUCCUCAGUGACAUUCAGCAGGUAAAAACUCCCGAAGAGCUGGAGAACUUCAUGCUGAAACACGGGGAGAACAUCAUUGACACACUAGGAGCCGAGGUGGACCGCUUGGAGAAAGAACUGAAGCAACGUAACCCAGAGGUCCGUCAUGUGGACUUGGAGAUACUAUAGCACCAUGGUCUGUUGAGGACACAUCAUGCCGAACCUAGAGAAGCAUCAGAUGGAGAAAAGGUGGAAGGUUGAGCUAGCCCGACCUCCACUACAACCCAACGAGUCUUAACUGUAGAAUGAUCCAGCAGCAGUAAUGUGUAGUGUUACUGUGAGUCCUUCCUGCCUCUACCUGGAAUACAACUAGACUUGAAUUCCAGGAGAAAUUCUCAUGAGAGUGUUUGCUUUAGCUCACAUUCCUCCACAUCCAUGUCUGGGUCUGAAUGAGGUCGUAUCUGUUUGAGAAGCAAAACCCAGAACAGGACCAGGAUCAUUUAUCAGACGUGUACUUUACUUUAAUGUCAUGCUUGAACCACGGUGAUCGUGUUUCCUUCACUAGAUCAAAGGAAACCCAAGUGUUUAAACGAUUUAUUUAAAGUCUAGUCAUAGUAGAUUUGUUUUUUAUCUAAUAGCUCCAGAUAGAACAGCUGCAGCUUUUCUACACAAGAUGGUGAGAAAGGUUUAAUACUAUUGCAAAAAUAGGAGUUAAAUUUUGUUAGAUUUUAAUUUACUUUAUGCUGGCGGUAAAGAGUUAACUAGAACAUGGAGCGUAUAUUUUUGAAGGUGUUGAUAUUAAAAUAUUUUACUGCUACUUCAGAGGGACUUUGAUUAAAUUUGAAAUAAUUUAUUAAAUGAUGUGUUUUCUGUCA